UUAAAAGAACGUCACGACUUGGGCAUCUCUGAUUAGAUGAGGUGCGGCGUUUCAACUUCAAAUAGGUGUCAAAACAGUGCCAGUCACCAUCUCACACCUGCAAGAGGAUUUGAAGUUACAGACUUAUGCAUUGUCAUUUCGUUGAGACAUUUACUUUCAGUCUGCGCUGAGGAUAUAUAGGACGAGGUAACCGCAGAUUUCACUUUUGCGCUCAGAUUGUUCUUCCUAUCGCUCUAGGUAUGGCUUCAACAACCUGCACCAGGUUUACCGACGAAUAUCAGCUGUAUGAAGAACUGGGAAAAGGAGCCUUUUCUGUGGUGAGAAGAUGUAUGAAAAUCUCUACUGGUCAGGAAUAUGCUGCCAAAAUCAUCAACACCAAAAAGCUGUCUGCCAGAGAUCACCAAAAACUGGAAAGAGAGGCCCGAAUUUGUCGUCUACUCAAGCAUGCCAACAUUGUGAGGCUCCAUGACAGCAUAUCAGAGGAGGGUGUUCACUACCUCGUCUUUGAUUUAGUCACAGGAGGGGAGCUGUUUGAAGAUAUCGUUGCCAGAGAGUACUACAGUGAAGCCGACGCCAGUCAUUGCAUACAGCAGAUUCUAGAGAGUGUUAAUCAUUGUCACAUAAAUGGAAUUGUACAUCGCGACUUGAAGCCAGAGAAUCUUCUAUUGGCCAGCAAACUGAAGGGCGCAGCAGUGAAACUGGCUGAUUUUGGGCUGGCUAUUGAGGUGCAGGGAGACCAACAAGCGUGGUUUGGGUUUGCUGGAACUCCGGGUUAUCUAUCUCCUGAGGUGCUCAGGAAGGAGCCUUAUGGCAAACCAGUGGACAUGUGGGCAUGUGGUGUUAUUUUGUACAUCCUUCUUGUGGGUUACCCUCCUUUCUGGGAUGAAGACCAACAUCGACUUUACCAGCAGAUCAAAGCUGGUGCAUACGAUUUUCCUUCUCCUGAGUGGGAUACAGUGACACCAGAGGCCAAAGAUCUGAUCAACAAGAUGCUGACUAUAAACCCUGCCAAACGCAUCACAGCAGCUGAGGCCCUCAAACACCCCUGGAUCUGUCAACGUUCCACAGUGGCAUCCAUGAUGCACAGACAGGAGACAGUGGAAUGCCUGAAGAAAUUCAAUGCCAGGAGGAAGCUUAAAGGUGCUAUCCUUACUACAAUGCUUGCUACACGGAACUUCUCAAGCAAGAACCCAUACAAGAAGCCUGAUGGUGUUAAGAAAAGGAAGCCUAACUCUACAGAAUUUGAAAUGGAGCCUCAAACUACUGUUAUCCACAAUCCUACUGAUGGAAACAAGGAAUCAUCAGAGAGUGCCAACACCACUAUUGAAGAUGAAGACAUUAAAGCACGGAAACAGGAGAUAAUUAAAGUCACAGAGCUGCUGAUCGAAGCCAUUAAUAAUGGAGAUUUUGAAGCUUACACGAAAAUUUCUGACCCUGGACUGACAUCUUUUGAACCUGAAGCGUUGGGAAACCUAGUGGAGGGGACAGAUUUCCACAGGUUCUACUUUGAAAACUCUGUCUCCAAAGGUCACAAACCCAUCCAUACCAUCUUGCUGAACCCUCAUGUACACCUAAUUGGUGAGGAUGCUGCAUGCAUCGCUUAUAUAAGGCUCACCCAAUACAUGGAUGUCAACAAUAUGCCUCGCACUAUGCAGUCUGAAGAAACCCGUGUCUGGCAUCGUCGUGAUGGCAAAUGGCAGAACAUCCACUUCCAUCGGUCUGGCUCACCAACUGUGCCCACCAAGUGAGAUAAUAAGGACUCCAGAGCACAGCCCUUCCUAUCAACUGAGCUUCAACUCAACCAUGAUCUUCAUAGUUUGGUCUACUGUACCAGAGUCUUGUUUACAUGAACUGUUGGAUUAGGUUGGAUAAUCGUUUCAGAUCAGGAUGUGGUGUGUUUGUAUGCAAGUACAUUUAUAUGUAUUGAAUAUGCUGUUUACACACUAUACUCAUUUAUGUGAAAGGCAUGUUCUUACUUAGUUCUUUAAUCUUUUUUUAAGGGUUACAUUUUUGUAUAACACAUUAUAUGGAGCCAUUUGUUAGUAAUCUGUGGUGUUUGGGUACAUGGGUACUGUAUAUCAGAAAAUAAUAAGUCAAGCUUUUUUUUUCUUUGUAUUUGUCAUAAAAAAAAAAUUUAAUGACAGAUCCAAGAUUUACUUAUUUCUUAAAAUGACAGAUAUAUGAGCUUGUGAAUAGUUUUCAGUGAUGUACAUUAUGUGAAGUGCUAUUUCUGCUUUACACUUUGGAGUAUUAAUAGUUUGUUAGCACACAUAGGGCAUAUUGUGGUAUUUUCUUGGAUAAUCCAAAAUUAUGAGAGGGGAUAAGGUUUAGAGAUUUAUUAUUCAUAUUAUUAUAAUUUUAUUGUAUUUUUUUUUGCCCAUGAAUUGUCAUACAGUUAUAAUACAUCUGAAUAUAUGAAAAAAAACAA